CUCCACCACUUUACAGCAACAGUCCCUACCAACAACCAGCAUGGCUACUGCGUCUGGGAGCACUUGUCCAGAAGGAGAAAGGAGUGAUUGCGACGAUGGAGGAGGCGACAAUAGCGACCCAGCACAAGAGACUACUUCGGGAAAUGCUUUGCAGAAGAAACCCGUUUGUCUCAUAGUGCUUGGCAUGGCAGGGUCUGGAAAAACAACUUUUGUGCAGGUAAGCCAAAACUAGCUAACUAACGGUUAUCACUACAGUAGCUAGGUAAGUUAGCUAGCUAGCUAACGUUACCAGUACUGUGUAUGAGACAAAGCAAGCUCAACCAAACUAAGCACAAUUGUAUUCUGGAAUUCAGCAGUUUUUCCUUUGCUUUUUAGUCAAGCAGUUUGGAAUCUGUAUAUAUUAGCUAAGUCACGGCCAUCUGGGUUCUAACUUAGCUAGCUACCUAUGCUAACGUUACCUAGCUAGAUCUGACGACGUUGUUGUUUCUUCUCAGCGACUCAAUGCUCAUCUUCACACCAAGAAGUCUCCUCCAUAUGUCAUCAACCUAGACCCUGCUGUGCACGAAGUCCCUUUCCCAGCCAACAUUGGUAAGAAAUCAUCCAGACCACCAUGCAUAACGUUAAUGUGUCUGGAUCAUGUUGAUACUGUAAUAAUUCUAGCUAAUCGUUCAUUUGUUCAAUGUUCAGAAAAGUAUUUUUCCUUGAUGUUCUAUUGAUAUAAUCUAAGAAUUGUAAUUAUGUUGAUAUCCCACGACAUUAUUUUAUUAGCUAGCUAGCUACCAUGGUAAUAAGUAACAGAACGCUGCUUAUUGUCCCCUUGUAGAUAUCCGUGACACAGUGAAUUACAAAGAAGUGAUGAAGCAAUAUGGCCUAGGUCCCAAUGGAGGAAUCGUCACCUCUUUGAAUCUCUUUGCUACGAGGUUUGAUCAGGUAGGCCCAACUCUUUUUCUGUUGUAACAGGACGUGUAUUUGUUUGACACCUCAACUGUCCAAUAGUUGUCACCAUUAUUAUUACUCGCACAAUUUGGGCAUUAUGAAUCAAAAUCUCCCGUUUUGCCUCCUCAGGUCAUGAAAUUCAUUGAGAAGAAACAGUACAAUCACCAGUAAGUAUAUUUUAUUCUCAGAAAGUUAGUAGAUGUUCUCCUGGUAAGCAUAGAAGAAGCAUAGUUAGGUACAGCAUUGUACUGUUGUUUUGCCAUCCCCUCUUCUGGUGUGUACCUACCUGUUUUGUUUUGUUUUAGUCGUUUAGCAGACGCUCUUAUCCAGAGCGACUUACAGGAGCAAUUAGGGUUAAGUGCCUUGCUCAAGGGCACAUCGACAGAUUUUUCACCUAGUCGGCUUGGGGAUUAGAACCAGCGACCUUUCGGUUACCGGCACUACGCUCGUAACCACUAAGCUACCUGCCGCCCUAACCUUUGACCUAUGUCUACAGAUAUGUGUUGAUUGACACUCCUGGACAGAUAGAAGUGUUCACCUGGUCAGCGUCCGGAACCAUCAUCACUGAAACACUGGUGUGUAGUAGUAAUGUGUUACAACAUGUAGGCCAAAUUAUAUGACUAGAUACAACCAAAUUGUUAUCGGUGUUGUGAUCAGUUUGGUGUCUGUGUGAAUGGGUUUCCAGGCCUCUUCCUUCCCCUGUGUGGUGGUCUACGUGAUGGACACGUCUCGCAGCGUCAACCCAGUCACCUUCAUGUCCAACAUGCUCUACGCCUGCAGGUCUGACACAGGGGAGCAUUAAAUACUUUCCCAUGGUCAAAUAAAACCACAGAUUGGUUCGAACAAAUUGAAUAUUUUACAUAUAGGCAAUAAAGAUCUAGUGCAGUGUGGUGAUUUGCUUGUUCACUCUGUGACUGUGCUUUCCGCCCCCUAGCAUCCUGUACAAAACCAAGCUGCCCUUCAUUGUCAUCAUGAAUAAGGUAUGAAAUGAUUGGAACACUUUAAAUAAACCACUCUAACUUGGUAACAGUGAAUUACUGAAUGAGGGGGGAAAAGCAAUAGAUCUGCACUCAAGUGUUGAUAUGAUCAAAGGAAAUAUGUGUUUUUCAUUUAGAUAAUAAUACAGAGAUAACAAACCACAGAUUUCAGUACAUUGCUGUACAUGUCUGUGGUUUCAGACAGACAUAAUCGACCACAGCUUUGCGGUGGAGUGGAUGCAGGACUUUGAGGUGUUCCAGGACGCUCUGAACCAGGAGACGUCCUACGUCAGCAACCUGACGCGCUCCAUGAGCCUGGUGCUGGACGAGUUCUACACCAACUUACGGGUUUGUGUGUGUUUCAAUACUGUAUGCUACUUCAGUGCACAAUACUGAGAACUGUAUGUAGUGUUAUUUGUGUGUGAGCUUUCUGUGAUCUGUGUGUGUACGUGAGACAACGUUCCAUGAGCUUUGUGUUUGACUUUUACAUCAACCUAUGGGGAAGUGUUUCUGUGCAUAUACAGGGGGUUCCCCUGUAGCUCAGUUGGUAGAGCAUGGCGCUUGCAACGCCAGGGUUGUGGGUUCGUUUCCCACGGGGGGCCAGUAUGAAAAAUGUAUGCACUCACUAACUGUAAUCUGGAUAAGAGCGUCUGCUAAAUGACAAAAUAAAAAAAUUCAGAGAGGGUUUAUCGAGUGUUCCCUCUCUGAUUGGUCACGUCUGUGUUUCAUUUGCAGGUUGUGGGUGUGUCUGCAGUCACAGGCAGCGGAUUGGAAGAGUUCUUUGUUCAGGUGGCAGAGGCCGCAAAGGAGUACGAGACGUGAGUGAGGGGGCUGCUCUGCAAACACACAAACACCAUUGUCUGUAAUAUUUGUGUGUAAAAUGAAUUGUUUUGUGUUAUUCAGGGAUUAUCGUCCUGAAUAUGAAAGACUUCAUAAAGAACUGGUGAGUGUUUCAAUACCAAUGCUACGUCUGUGCACUAUACUGAGAACAACAACUGUAUGUUUGCCUGUGCGUGGGACAUCUGUCGGUCUUUCUCUGACGGUCCUGGUAUGCCCUCCAGGCCGAUGCUCAGAGCAGGAAGCAGCAGGAACAGAUGGAGCAUUUACGGAAGGACAUGGGGGCUGUUGCCAUGGAGAUGACCUCACGGACAGGUGUGUGUCCAUUGUCUGUGUGCCUGUGUGCCAUUACGUGCUUGAUUGUGUGUGUGUAUGUGAGUCUAAGAGAUCGCCAUAUUGUGUAUAAUAUGCUUGGAUCGGGUACAUGAGACAGGUGUUCUGUGAAAUAAAUAAUACAAUUAUGUCACUUCCUGUCCUCCAGAGGAAGCUGAUGUGGCUGGCCGAAGUGAUCUCAUCUUCAACCGCGGUAACCCUGAUGAGGAGGAGGAAGAGGGGGAGGACAGUGACACGGAUGACAUCGAUCACAACGGUGAGGAGAGUUUUUAAAAAAUAAUUAAGAGUUUGAGUGGCCUCAAGGUCCUAUCAUUGCCUUAACCCAUAAUAUCAAAUCACCUUGCAUUCCUAACAACAAGCUUAAUCAUGAUUUGUCAAUGAUUCUUAUGUGGAAAGUGAAGAUAUGUUACAAAAAUAUGAUAACACGCACAAAAAUACAGGCUAUAUAAGUUCCCCUGUUGACACAACCUAUCAUCCCUUUCAGUGACUGAGGAGAGCAAGGAGGGCACGGCCUUCGGGAACUUCCUGAAGGAGAGGAAAGAAGUGAUGCAGGUACGAAAUAGGAAGUCUCAAUGAUGACCGGAGGAUCCUGACACCCC